CAACAAUUACCUAAGUGAUGCGGCAACCUGAAAUCGACUCCAACUGCCAAUUCUCACUGUAGCUGUGAUGACUGGUUUGACAACAGAUUUCAACAUCUUUUGAUUUCUCUUGUGACUUACUUUCACUUUCCUAUUGUUCUAGUUCAGCCUUUCUUAAAUAAAACAAGGGUCACGAGUCUGGAAGAUUCACCUACUUCAAAGACAAUAUCCCGAGUCCCAUCUUCAUAUUCGUCCGAAAAUACUCUCUGCCUGUUUGUCGAUAAGCCUACGCCUCGUACCCUCCUCGAGGGAUAUCCCUUCCCGAUAUCUGAAUCUACCUAGCCAUCAUGUCCGUCACAACACGACCCAUGCCCUCGGCGCCGAACCGAGAGGAUAUCGGCCAGACAUGGGAAUACCUUCAGAGUGGUAUUUCUAAAAUUAUGAUCAAUUUGCAGGAUGGAAUGGAUAUGGCCACUUAUAUGGGCAUUUACACAGCUGUUCAUAACUUCUGCACAUCGCAAAAAGCCGUUGGACUAGGUAAUUCCGGUGCCGUAGGACAAGCUCAUAGGGGAGCGCAUCUCCUCGGUGAGGACCUUUACAAGAAACUGAAAGAAUACCUCAACAACCAUCUCCAUGGAAUCUAUGAGCAAUCCAAAGGACAUGCUGACGAGGCCUUACUCGCAUUCUACAUCAGAGAAUGGAAUAGAUACACGGUCGCCGCCAAGUACAUCCACCACCUCUUCCGAUAUCUUAACCGGCAUUGGGUCAAACGGGAAAUGGACGAAGGGAAAAAGAAUACAUAUGAUGUCUACACCCUACAUCUAUAUCAGUGGCGCACUGAGCUCUUUACCCUUGUUAACAAAAAGGUUAUGGACGCCGUGCUCAUGCUCGUAGAGAAGCAGAGGAACGGGGAAACUAUUGAGCAUAGGCAGAUCAAGCAGGUGGUUGAUUCUUUCGUAUCUCUCGGUCUCGAUGAGCACGACGCUACUAAGUCGACUCUCGACACCUACAGAUACCAUUUCGAGAAGCCAUUCCUCGCAGCGACCGAGGAAUUCUACAAGGCCGAAUCUAAGCAAUUCGUCGCCGAGAACAGCGUCGUAGAAUACAUGAAGAAGGCAGAAGCCCGACUAGCCGAAGAAGAAGAGCGUGUGCGCAUGUACCUCCACAACGACAUAGCACUGCCGUUGAAGAAGACAUGCAACAAGGCCUUGAUUGCCGACCAUGCCGCAAUGUUAAAAGAUGAAUUUCAAGUUCUCCUCGAUAACGACAGAGAGGAAGAUAUGGCCCGUAUGUACAACCUUCUAUCUAGAAUCCCAGAUGGGUUGGAACCGUUACGGCAGAAGUUCGAGGCUCACGUUCGCAACGCGGGCCUUAACGCGGUGGCUAAGGUUGCUUCGGAUGCUGAGAAGCUUGAGCCCAAAGUUUACGUGGAAGCUUUACUUGAGACACAUACCCGAUACCAAGGAUUGGUUAAGCGAGCCUUUGCCGAUGAACCUGAGUUUACACGGUCUUUGGACAAUGCCUGCAGAGAGUUCGUGAACCGCAACGAAAUCUGCAAGUCGGGAAGCAGCAAGUCACCUGAACUUCUAGCCAAAUAUACAGAUGUAUUACUUAGGAAAAGCGGCGCUGGUGUGGAAGAGGCUGAGCUCGACGCUACUCUGACGCAGAUUAUGACGGUUUUCAAGUAUAUUGAGGAUAAGGAUGUAUUCCAGAAGUUCUACUCGAGGAUGUUAGCCAGACGACUUGUGCACAGCAAUUCCUCGUCUGACGACGCCGAAACAAGCAUGAUAAGUAAACUCAAGGAAGCCUGCGGUUUCGAGUAUACGAAUAAACUACAGCGCAUGUUCCAGGAUAUGCAAAUCUCCAAGGAUCUUAAUACCGGAUUCCGAGAGCAUACCAAGGGCUUGCAGUCGGAGAAGCAACCACUCGACUCGUCGUACUCCAUUCUUGGAACCAGCUUCUGGCCUUUGACACCUCCUAAUACAACGUUCAACCCUCCAGCCGAGAUUCAAACCGACAUUGAUCGGUUCACCCUCUUCUAUAAGAAUAAGCAUGAAGGGCGUAAACUAAGCUGGUUGUGGCAGCUUUGUAAGGGUGAGCUCAAGACCGGGUACUGUAGGCAAUCAAAAACGCCUUAUACUUUCCAAGUGAGCGUUUACCAGAUGGCUAUUCUUCUAAUGUUCAAUUCGAAGGAUGCCCAUUCGUACGAAGAUAUCGCCUCAGUUACCCAGCUGACAAGCGAGGUUCUGGAUCCCGCCCUUGGUAUCCUCCUCAAAGCCAAAGUACUGAUUAUGAAGCCUGAAGGCGAGAAGCCUGGCCCUGGAAAGACAUUUCAUCUUAACUAUGAUUUUAAGAGCAAGAAGAUCCGCGUGAACCUCAACGUUGGUACCAAGACGGAGCAGAAGCAGGAAGAGGCUGACACCAACAAAACCAUUGAGGAAGACCGACAAAUGGUCCUACAAUCUGCUAUUGUCAGGAUCAUGAAGGCGCGAAAGAAGAUGAAGCACAACUUACUGAUUACCGAGUGUAUUACUCAAAUCAGGUCACGGUUUGUGCCCAAGGUUAGCGAUAUCAAGAAGUGCAUCGAGAUCCUUCUUGAUAAGGAGUACCUGGAGCGUUUAGAGGACGACGAACUUGGUUAUCUCGCUUAAGACAGAGACACAGUCUCUUGGUCUAUAGCAGAACUGCAUUAUACACGCGAAUACCUCAUCCGUAUUCUUUCUCCUGGAAUCCAUUGGCGGUGGUGGCGGCAGUGGCGGUUAUGUUCCUCACGACGACGACGAUAUAAUAAUGCAAACCCGGAGGUGGGCUUCCUGACCGGACAUUGGGAAGGCGCUUUUCUACUUUUUAUUUCCUCUUGGUUCUCGGUUGGCGGGCUAUCUGACGCUGGGUCGGUUUUCAGAACGACUAGAUAGACUUGUUAUUACGCGUUUGACGAAGCCCCGAGUUACUAUACAGAAUGCGACGAGAAGCUGGGGGUGCUUCCCACGAUACGUUUGACGGAGACGGGAUCUGGCGCGAAAGGAGUAUCGUGUCGUGUAUCAUACCGCACGGAAUGGGAACACCUCGCUUAUGGCAUCUGCGGCUAGCUGGCUGCUCCUUGCUUGCUCUCUUCCCCCCACCUCCCAGUUUUUCUACAUAGACCUAGGCUUAGCUACCUAGGUCAAGAUCCCCGGGGCCGUCAUAGUGGUGGUGGUGAGGGACCGGUGAUGCAUAUCCCAGGCGAGUUUGAGUAGUAGUCUUCUGCUAUUGUCGCCUAGGUAUUGUGGUCUAGGCGGAACCGCAAACUCCCCCUCCCCGUAGAUAACGAAUAAAUACUCUACAUUCCAGAGUGUCGCUUUGUGUAUGUGUCAUGCGUGUGUACAAUAAUUACUUUGCCUCGGUGUUC